GGCUUUUCCCGCAGACCUCAAUUGCCUGUCAUCAAUGCGUUACGUGACCUUCACUACAGCAGCAGCAGCGAAGCAGACAAACAAGAGAUUUCCGUUGACGUUUGAUGCUUCACCUGCGCAGCAAAGGGGCUUCGCAUCAGCUGCAGCGGCAUCUCUCAUUCAGGUGGGCAAUGAAGCACAAACAUACAAGCAGCACUCAAACACACUAUUUGCUCGUUGCUUGUCGGCUCGCUGGUUGCUUGUGUGUUGUGCAGCGGUGUGCUGAUCACGGCCGGUCUGCCUGCAUCACUGAUGUGCGGCGGAAGGACGACAGGGGCGCCACACACACUUACGAUGAGCUGCUCGCCAAAGCAAAGUCAGCCCACUGCAGCAUCACGCUCACUCGCACAGGCAGACAGGUAGAUCUGCGAUCUGUGUGCGCUUCUCAGGUCCAUUCACGACACCUUUGUCCACCGUGCAGAUGUGCUGGGCAUCACGAGAGGGCCGCGGACCAUCUCUUCCCCAUCAUCCCUCUCAGACUGCCGCAUAGCCGUCCUCCCCUCACCUGCCUUCGCUUCUGUGGCCCUCCACCUCUCACUCACCCAUCUGUGCGGCAGCACCGUGGUGCCUCUCCCCGCCCCGCCACUGCCCCUGUCGCCCUUUCACGACCCUCCACCCUUCCACAUGGAGCGGAUCGGCCACACCUGGCAGCAAAUGAUCAGCGAGUCGCAGUGCUCGGCCGUUGUGUUGCCGCAGUGGGGCAGCGAAAUGUGGGAGGGCGAGCUGAGGAGCAUCUGUGAGAAGCUCAGUGUGCCGUGUGUGGCCUUUGACGAGUUGGUGGGUGGCGAAGGACGGCCGGGGGAGAGCAGGGACGCCGUAGAGGCAUCCACGAAGGUGGGAAACAGACAGGGGACGGAGAGGUUGCUUGUGGAUGUCGUUGCCAUGAACGAUGAAUGUGUGGCUGUUGUGUGUUGAUCAGUCGUCAGAGCAGUGGGUGAGUGACGACCCCUCCAGCAGCCCCCCCUCCCUCCACCUCUAUGCCCACGCACCUCCAUCGCUGGCCUACCACGCACCCAAGGCAGCCGUGCACACCCUCAGCUCCACCACGAUGCUCAUGCACAACAGCCAGGCGGCCUUCGACCUCACACCCAACGACACCCUCUUCCACGCGCUGCCGCUCCACCGUCCUGAGGGCCUCAUCGACGCGCUGCAGGGGGCCUUGUAUGCCGGCUGUCACGUUGUGUUUGGAGGCUAUGAUGGCCGCGAGGCGGCUGACGGCUACAAAGUGUGGCAGCAUCUGAAACGGCUGCGGAAGAAAACGGCUGACCGACCGGUGACCGUCAUGGCCAUCUGCCCACAAGUCGCUACGUAAGCGGCGCACAGAUGCGUGUGUGGUGGGGUGGCGGCUCCGCGACUGGGUAAAUGCGUUGGGUCUUGUCAGUGCGCUUCUGUACGAGUUCUCCCGCCAGGGCACCACCGACAAAGACAGACAGGUGGGCCGACCGAUCUACACCAACACACGCACACGUAUGUCUGUCGGUGCAAUCAAUCAAUGGAUGUGUGGGUCUUCAUCACGCUCAGGCGUACCUGGAUAGCCUGUCGUCUGUGCGUGUGGUGCUGAUGGCCCGCGACCCGCUAGAGGACCACGAUCUCAACACGGGACGGCUCAAGGCCGACAUGUGGCGGACCGACCAGAGGCACAACGGCAGCGAAGACACAGACAAACCCCUGACCGACUUCAAACAAAUACUCGAGGGGUAAGCCACAACAAUGGUACAAACGCCCUGCAUGCCAUGCACAUCCCUUGUGUCCCCCCUCUGCAGUGUGCGGGGCCUGAUGCCGUCCGCCCAAGUAAUCGAGACCUUCUCCCUCGCCGAGACAGGAACACUCCUGACUUCCACCACCACCGACACAGACACAGCAGAGAGGGAUCUCGACGCCCCCCGGCUGCCGCCGGCCAAGCCGAAUGGCUACAUCCCCAAGGACGGAUGGGUGCCGGGCGAGUGGUACGAGGCGCCAAGAUUCGAUGAAAUCCGGGGACUGCCGAUGCCAGGUCAGUCGGUGGGAAGCAAUCGAGUCGGUGUUUAGAUGGAUGGAUGGCGGAUGGUGUGUUGUGUGUGCAGGGCUGGAGCUCUCUGUGGACGACCGGCAGCAGCUGCUGGCGAAGGCGCCAUCGCUCUUCAAGGUGAGGGACGACACACACACGAAGGAAAUAAGGAGGGCAAGUGGAAUGCGAAUCUGCUUUUUGGCUUGUCUCGGCAUAUGUCGUCAGGAGUACUACGGUCGCCCUCGGUCGACGGCUGAGUGUUUUGACUCAGAAGGUUUCUUCUGCACCACGGCAGCCGCACAGAUUGAAAGCGACGACACCAUCAGAGUCUUCGGUGAGGAACACACGCAGACACACAAGAGGGCCACAGCACGUUGUCCCCUUGUCUGUGUGUCCACCAGGGUCGAUAUACGAUGGGCAGGACCCUGUCCCCGACAUCGACCAGCGGCUGAGGCACUUCCUGCCACACGACAGGAUGCCAAAGUGAGCCAGCACUCAUCGGGAAAAAUAUGAACGGCCGGUUGUGAGAGUGUGUGUGUGGUUGUGUGUGCAGGAUGCCGUUGUUUUGGCACCGUAAGGUGAACAUGACGGGGAAGCGGUGGGGCAACUGGCACUCGCAGCCACAGCGAUGGGCCUGGCACUACUGACCACUCAGCUGACGGGUCAUCCUCUAUAGAGGGGACAUGAACGGACAGACAGACAGACAGACAUGUGUGUCAUGGCCGGCCAUGGCGUGCUGUCAAUGUGCGAGACUUGCAUGCACAGACGCAUCGUAGGCUUGCUGCUGUUAGCCAGCCCGGGCUCAGUUUGAGCCGUCGUGAGAUUGUGAGACAGAUAACGGAUUCAUCCAUGCAUCAUUUGGAUGCACGAUGAAGAGUACUGCUUUGCCAGUGGUCGCCAGGGGCGAUCGCGUGUCGAGCCUCGGGCUGAACAGUCGGAAGCAGCCUCCGUGUGAGGCAGACCUGGGAAGGAACCAACGCGGACAGAGAUACCCACCUGUCUCAUUCAUUUAAGUCAUUCA